UUCUCUCUCUCUCUCUCCCUCUCUUCUUUCCCCUUCUUUUCUAUCGCAUAACUGUGUGUAUCAAUAAAGAUACAAUUGAUUUCACUUGAAUUAAGUUAUCACUGCCUCUUUUUGCACUCUGAAAUCAAACGAACCAUCACGACCAUCCUUUGGCUCGUGACAUUAAAUUGGCGUCACCGUGACAGGGUCCUGAUUGACAGAGGGGUUGCAGGUUGUUUAUAGUCUGUACUAGGAAGAGGAAGAUUAGCCUCAGCCGCACCUAGCACGUCACUUCGGUGAACGAAGCUAGAAAGCAAGGGGGGCUUUUCUGAUUCUUUGCACACUGUAGACACCUAGGUGAAAGCAUCCCUAUACUCUAUUGAGGUGUAUCUGUCUUCAGGAUUUCACAAAAGAUCUCCUAGUGCAAAAAGAGAAACUUUUUGUGUGUGAACUGUCUUGUUGAGAGAAGGGACACCUUGACGUAACUAAACAGUGCCUCAGCAGACAGGUUUUGUCCCUUCACCCACCCCAGGGAAAGAGGUGAAAGCAGCGUAGCUGUGUCAAACAUUAACUCCCUGUUGUGGCUUUUAAUCACCUCCACAAAAUGACUGAUGAUAAUACACAUAAAACCGCAUUUUAUGCACUGUUAGCAAAACACAAUUGCAAGCCAUCUACUGGUGGCGAAACUUGGGCUCAAGAGCAUUGGUUUGAUCUUGAAAGUGUGAUGAAUAGGAUUUCCUCUUUACAAAGUGAACUCAAAUAUAAAAUUGGCAAAGACAAAGCAGUAAUUUGCUCUGUCCUGGAAGCGUGUCUCACAGCUGCAAUUGAUGAUCGCCAUAAGCGAUAUGAGGAAGACAAAGCUGUGAUAGACUCCCUCCAAAAUUUAGUAAAAAUAUUACAAAGCCAGCUAAAUGAAGAACGCAAUGAAAAUCACAUACUGAGAAAUGCUUUAAGAGAUGAAUAUUGCAAAAAUCAAAUGAAUUCUGACUCCUUAAAGGAGACAGAACAAACUGACACACUUGACACCAAACAAAUUUACCCACACAAAGAAUUGGAAACAGUCAAAAAUUGUGGUGAAUACUGCUGUCCUCAUUUGAGGCCUUUAAUUAAAACAGAAUUCAAUUACAUUGGAGAUGACGACUACGACCCGCAUAUCACAUCCAAAGAAACCCCUUUUACAGCCACAGAGUUAGUUAGACUGAAAAAAGAAUACAGCAGGCUUCCACAUGAGAUGGAGACAGAAUAUGUCUUCCGUGUGUCUCUUACAGGAGGAGACCAAAUCAAACUAACUGAACAGGAAGCCAGUGGAUCUUGGGGCCAUGGAGUCUUUUUAACAACAGGAGACAAACGUAAUGCAUGGUCCAUAACCCAACGGGCUGCCUUUUGGGCUGGCGGAAUUAAUGCCUUGGAAAGGGGUGAUCCUGUAGCUAUUCCCAGCACCUCCGAUAACAUACUGGAGAGUGUACAAAAAGCCGCCCGCCUUCAAAUGAUACAUGAAAGGAAAUUAAUUCCUGGAUAUGACUCUCCUAUGCAAUUGCCUGUGAAGCCCGAAAUUAUGACCCCUUUAAUCCGUGGGCUUCCAGAGUUCUUAAAACCAACUGCAAUUGCUUUACAAAAGACCAUUACUGCACUAAGUCCUGUAGAAAGACUUGAGAGAUUUCUUGGCAACCCCAGCGAAAGAAAUCCAUCUAAUGACCAAAAUUCCAGCCCGAAUUCAACUUCUUCCCACGCCACAACCGCUCAAACCAAUCCAGCUACUAAUGAUCGUAAAGUCUGGGUUUGGAGCGAAAUUGCAGUUGAAUUGAUAAACUACUGUAGACAAUACGGGCCAGUUUCCACAUCACAAGACACCUCACAGAAAAUCAAAGGCAUUAGAAAUGUUAAAACUGCUAAAAAUGAAAACUCAGACAAAGGGAAAAACAUCUCUACACGUCAACACGGGUGGCUGUUAGGCAUUAAAAGAGGGGUGCCAAAAGAUGUCAUGGAUGGCUUGCCGCUAGACAAAUUGCAGAAAAUAAUCUCAAACUGGCAUUUUAAAAAACCAAGUUUGCCAGCUCUAGCCAUUGGCAAGAAAACACAACCUAACACACAUUCUUCUUCUGAUGAUCUGGGCAGUGAGCCCAGAAAUAAUCAAACAAUUCAAAGCACUGCACCCCCUGCCACACAGCAAGCAAACAACAAGUCACAUCAAACCCCCCCCACUCAAGACCUAAUUGACUUCAGCAGUGAACCAAAAAAGGUUUUUCACUGAGACCAUUAC